UCCUUCCGGUCGUUGCCUGGCGAUUGUAAACAAAUGAUAUUCGAGAGCGGUUAGUUGGUUAUUGUUUGAACCCACCAGCCGUGAUCGUGUCGGCGGAGUAGAUCACGAUCCCGGUUUAACAAGGAUCAUUUGAUAGACAGUUACUGACAAUGGCGACGGGGCAUAUUUUGCCCGGCUAUGGGGAUCCAGUCUCAAGGCUGAGGCGCGUGAAUUCGUCAGGGUACCCCUUAGACAGUAACACCCUGCUGCAGAUGGAGGCAAGUUACAAACUCAGGGACCUUGAGUUCGACAGGAUAAGGGCACAGGCGCGUCAUAUGUGGUCGAGGAGGGAUAGGGAACCUACAACCUACCACCACUUCCAUUCGGGCCAGGAACUACCACCAGAGGAACAGACACGAUCCCGACCAACAUCGCCGACCAGAAGGAACAAGCCCCACCCACCGCCAGUUUUUCUCACCAACCGACUCCAUUACAUUGAAGGAUACCACAACCCGGACACCAGGCUGGGCAAACAGUGCUACAGAAUCGACGCUAGUCUUCCGCCUGAAGAGCAGCAUCAGCGACGUCAUAUACGACGUAAAUACGUCGCCGACCGCCCAUCCACGGCACUGUUGAACACAUAUAAGGAUCAAUAUGGCGUGAAGAACUACCUGGAUCCCGUUGCGGCCCAGGGAGCGGAGGCGUGGCUCAAGAUAGCGGAUGAUAAAGACAAGGACGAGGUGAUGAUGGCUGUACAGAAACACCGCGAACAGGAAGACCUGCAGGCGACCAGGGACGCCCACAGACAGCCCACCCCGCCAAUGGUGCCGAGAGCCAACACAGCCUACCCGUCACUCAACAGGUUCAUGAAGUAUGCUGGAGCCACAGAAUCCAGCGCAAUGGCUCCUCUUCUGAGACCUCCGCACGCCAUCAUUGGCUACAGUGGGGACAUGAGGUCACGUGACAUCGAGGCAACCAGCCGGGUGCGGGUAUCGUCUGCAUGCGGUCGUGGUGACUUUCUGCUGCAUCCUGAUUGGCCGCCAACCUUGCCCCACCAUCGAGUGCCUUAGCGUACAGUCACAUGACUAGAUACGUGCUGCUGACUUGUAGAUAGUAGUGUUAAGUUUGUCAAAACCAAUGACAUGUAGCGAGAAGGCCAGCAUACGUAUGAACCCCCACUGGCAUUGUAGAAUAGGAUCUCUAGUCCAGGAAGCCUGCAUAAGAAGGUGGAUCCAGCCAGUACCCACUCCCUUAUAUAGACUCCCAGUUACUAACUUCCACAGGGAUCAGACGCCGUAAAGAACCAAAGAGAUGUUUGGAUUUCAUAUUAUGAGAAUGCAAUUCUCGUACAUUUGAAACAGAAAUGACAGCAUUAUUCUUCCUUACAUAUACCAUGACAAGAGUGUUUUUUAUACUUUUACACAUGCGUUCCAUUGUACGUUGAUAAGCAAGCCAAAGUGCGGGUUUCUCUGUAUGUAAUGUAUCGUCAGAGAUGUACUAUAGUCCAUGUACACAUUGGUCUCUGUAUCAGUUUCUUAGAAGUGGAUGCAUGCGUUGGCAGUUACAGUGGUAACGCCGAACUGAAAAUCCUCGUCUUAAUGAAAACAUCUGACAUCAGUAAGUAAGUUUAUUUUAGUGUAAAGGCCACAGACCCAAGUACACUAUAGGUACAUGCAUUAUGUACAAAGUGGUGGCUUAAUAUCCAGAGGUACAGAGUGCGAUUAAAGUACAAAAUUAUUAUUAUUAUUAUUAUUAUUAUGAAGAACGUAAAGAUCGGGCCUCUUUAAUGUAUUUAGCACAUAGUGACAUGGUUUCAAUGUUAGAAGUUUGUAGUAAAGUUCUGAGAGAAUAUUCUUUUUUAAGUUAGUGUUGGGAAAAUCUGUGUAUCUUAAAAUAUCAUAAGAUGGGCAUACUAACAAUAAAUGUAACUCACCUUCAAUAAUAUUUUUACAAAAAGAAAAAAAUCUGAGGUUUCUAGCUACACCCUCCCGCCUACCUAUAUAUUUCAUAAUUUGUAAUUCUACAAUUCUUAAUGAUGUUAAAUAUCUUCUUUGGUCUCUUUGGUGUACAUGCAUCUUCCCGGGAAAGGUGUUAACUUAAUAAAAGUCAGUCUCCACUUUUGCCACGGGAAGAUGGUUUACAUGAAGCAAAUAUGGUUCAAUUGCGAAAGUUCACUUCAUAGUGGAGUAAAAAUCUACUUUUGAAUGCUCAUUUAACUUUGGAAAAGGAGAUUGAACACAACAGUCUCUAAAUCUUUGUUGAAAUUCUAAAAGAAAUAAAUCAAUGUUUCCGACACUUUGAUUAUUCCAUACAUAUUUAAAACCACGUGAAUAAAGUAAUUUCUUAACAUUUGAGGUCCAUUGCUGCCUUGCUCGUCCAGUCCUCUCAACAUGUCAUAACAUUGCUUUGGAUAUCUAGUAUCCGUCAUACAUAUGCAUCUGCAGCUGUUGAAUGAAUCACAAUAUAUAUUACACCGACCACACUCACUUAAGACAGCUGCAGUCGUAGAAGAUUUUAUCUGCCCUUGACACCAAAAUAUAAAGUAUCUUGAUGAACAAUGUGUUUCACUCGGUUAAUACCUUAGUUAUUUAUUUAUUGGGACGUGGCGGUUUGACACUUUUCGCCGUCAUUGUGUAUUCCUAAUCGGUUGAACACGCCCUUGUUAAUAACAGAAAUGUUUGUAGCGAUUUAUGGAAGAACAUUGUGGUGUGUCAAGUCCUGUUUUGUUGUUAUUACUAAUACACCAAUUGAUGACACCAGCUGUUUAUGCUGGAGAUAUGUUUGUUGAAUAGGUACCGGAGCACGUAUACACUGACAGUAUAUGGGUACUGGUAUAUGUUAUAGCCUUAAUGUAAUAAUACACCCCAGUAUUAAUGUAAUUCUCCAGUAUUACUUAUUCCAUAUAUGUAUUGUCUUUUAUCACCAUCACCAGCGACAAGCCCCAGUAUCCAAAGCCUGUUUUGCCAAAAUGAACUCGUAGCCAGAUUUUGUAGAUGCGAUUUGUUUAAUAUAACGUCUGUUUUGUGAAUAAACAGUUUGAAAUUG